UACUGUAUUUUGAAGAUGAUUAAUAUCAAUAAUUAUAAUAAAAUUCACUCUUAAAAACGAAUUCGUUCAGAAGAAUUCUUAAAAACAUAAAUAUUUAAGAGCAAAAAGUAAAAAGAUAGAUACAUACAGCAAAUCUAAAACUAAUCUAUUUUAACUUACUGUAUCUCUCUCUCUCUCUCUCUCUCUCUCUCUGCAUACAGUCACAUAUAAUCUAUAAUUACUAAGACCCAUCCCAAUGACAUACCUUGUAAAAAGAGCCAGAGUCAUUACUAUAUUUUGAGUAACCAAGCUGAUGUUUGGGGAAAGGGAGACUUUUCUAUAUGUAUUAAAAAGUCUAAUUACGUUAGGUAGGUCAUGCUCCUCAUAGUUCACUGAAUAGUUAGUUGCACGCGGGCUGACCCAUUGCUUUCCCCGUAAAAGUGAAGAGUUAAAUCAGGUUGACUCUUUCUCCCUGCUCUGUAUGGUCGGAUACCAACCAAUGUCCUAUCAGUAUGUGCACAUCAAGAUCGCUUUUACCUUUUUGUGGACGAGGAGGGAUUCCUAGGAGUAUAAAACGAGUGCAGUAGUCCUCAGCUGCAUCCUGCUGACCCACGCGGAACCACCGGCAUCGGUUAACAGCUAUUCUAUCAACGGGGAGAACAAUGGAUUCGAGUAUAACAGCAAUAUUAUCAACAGUGCCUACAUACCUGGGAAAGAAGGUCAUAGAGAAAACAUGGACUUUUACGGUGGAGGAAAUACUGGACACUCGUUGACCAACAGCAGGAGCCAAGGAAACCUCGAUGAAAGUUUAAGGAGCAGCUCUUACAACGGAUUUUCACCCAGUUCCCAUAAUACUGGUUUCUCUACUACUUAUACUACUGCUGCCACUCAUGAUAAUCUUGCGUCGAGCUCUUAUUUCCCUAACAACGCUGCACAAUCCAGUUUUGAUAGUUAUAAUAAUAACAACAAUGCUGAUUCGGCUUUCGAGGCUUACACGCAAGGCAGCGAUCAAGCUGGAUCGGAUUUCAAUCAAUUCUCCGCUAACAAGCACAAGAAUCCUUCUUAUAUGAGAUUUUCCGAUAACAUAUCCGGUGCUACUAGCACAGGAAGCUAUCCAGAGACUUCAGAGGCUUCAUCUUUCAGAGGAGAUUAUUCUGGAGAUUCUUUUAGGAGUCACACAUCUCAAAAUACAGGAUUCAUAGACAGUGCUGACCCAGCUUUCAACAGAGAAGUUUCUAAUCUCUUCAACAGCCCUAGUACCGAUUAUUCGUACGGAAAGCAUAAAGAAAAUACUUUUGGAGGAAGUAACAAGUUCAUGACCGACAUCUACUCCAUGAAUCCUGAUACUCGCUACGUGCGAGGAAAUCACGGGAAUGUGGGUCGUGAUUAUACUUCUUCUAUGUUUUUGGCCAACUCUGGUCAAAGUAGCCCUUUCGGCAACGUUCGAGGAAGCGCUGGUGCUUAUGGAUCAGGAAAAUUCGGCAAGUAUAAUAAGCAUUUGGGUGAUUAUACCUCAAGUGCAGGUUUGAACUACCUUUCGAAGGAGCAAGACGUUGAUUACUUGCUCAGUAGUUAUGGUAAAGGCAGUGGAAAACUGGCCGCGAUUAAAGAAGGUAGACCAAGCAGUUAUGUUAGCCAAUCUUAUCUUGGCGGACCUUCGUACCUUAAUAAGAUUAUUGGAAGUUAUAAGAGUAAACCUAGCUUCAUGAAUUCAUAUCAUAGCAGUUCACCGAUUGGUUAUUCAUCGAUGUCUGGCUUACAUGGUAGUUCCAGUGGUAACAGUUAUGCAGAUAGUCCACCACUGAGAAGAUAUCGGAGCAACAGCUAUAUACCAGGGCAUGCUAGUCCAUAUCCCGGUUAUUAUUGAUACGUUAGAUAACCGCAUGGAAAGUAUGUUAUGUUAUGUUUUGUACAUAUUUAUUAUAUGAAAUAUUUAAUUUUAAUUAAAUACUGUUUGUGUUUGUUGUUUAAAAUAAAAUUAUUGUA